AUGUCGACCCCACUUUUCCUGCUUCCUGGCGAUCAAGUGCCCAAUGAUCAACUCCCAAACUCGUCCAAUCCUCUUAAAGUAGGCCCCGGCCUCCGCCUGCUAUCACAACCUUCCGCGAAGCCUUCAUCAUCAAACCAUGUUAUCACAGCAACAACCGCUGGUCUCUUGACAACUGAUGCCAAGCGAAAUACUGUCUCGCUUCUCUCCUUCCCCAAUCGCCGCUAUAUGCCCGCAGUCAACGAUCUGGUCGUCGCACAGGUUCACCACUCCAGCGUCGACUUCUUCCACUGUAUGAUCACACCGCACACCGCACAAGCACUCCUUGGUCAGCUGUCAUUUGAGGGCGCAACAAAAAAGACAAGGCCACAGCUGAAGGGGGGCGAUUUGGUCUACGCACGAGUUUUGUCCGUGGGCCUUGGCGCUGGCGCUGAGGUCGAAAUUACCUGCGUUCACCCAGCAACUGGAAAGUCAGACCCGGGUGGUAUGGGUCCUUUGAACGGUGGCAUGGUGUUUGAUAUUUCAACGGGUAUGGCUAUGCGAUUGCUUCGAGCCAGCUCCUCUUCUUCUGACGAAGAUGCUAUUGAUGGACUUACUGUUCUUACUGAGCUUGGAAAGAAGCUUGAGAGUAUUGGAGGAUUUGAAAUGGCCGUUGGACGCAAUGGAAAAGUCUGGGUGGACUGCUCGAAUGCUGGGGAUAUUGAGACCAAUGCUACGAUUGCCGUCGGACGGUGCUUGCAAGCAACAGAUGAGCACAAUCUGAACCCUGCGGAUCAAAAGAAGCUGGUUACCAAAAUCCUUCGGUCCAUGAAAUUAGCUUGA